GGAUGUUUCUAUGUUGUGCAGGGUAGUCAGAAUCAACUGAAAGAGGUGUGGGAGGAAGCUGAUGGCCUGGACCCUGAAGACUUUGACCCUAAGACCUUUUUCAACCUGCAUGAUAGCAAUGGAGAUGGCUAUUUUGAUGAGCAGGAGCUGGAGGCCUUGUUUACUAAAGAGCUGGAAAAAAUCUAUGACCCCACCAACGAAGAGGAUGAUAUGGUGGAGAUGGAGGAAGAGAGGCUACGUAUGAGAGAGCAUGUUAUGAAUGAGGUGGAUUCUAACAACGACAGGCUGGUCUCUUUAGACGAGUUCCUGGUUGCUACGAAGAAGAAAGAGUUCUUGGAGCCAGACAGCUGGGAGACUCUGGAGCAGAACCAGGCCUACACAGACGAGGAGAUGCGGGAGUUUGAGGAUCACCUGGUUCAGCAGGAACAGGACCUCAGCGAAAAGUCUUCCGACCUCCAGAAACAAAGAGACGACCUGGAGAAGCAGCAGGAGCAGCUGAAUGCACAGAAAAUAGAGCUGCAACAGGCUGUGGAGCAUAUGGAACGGUUAAAAUCACAAAAAAUAGAACCCCCUCCCGAGGUUCACGUUGAGGGAAAUGCUAUACCAGAGGUGCACGCAGUUGACAACCAGUUGCAUCAUGAACCAGAGGCCCAACAGCCCGGGCAUCAUUUUGAACCCCAAGACCAUCUAAAUACACUUCAGGAACACCAUGAACAACAACAACAACACCAUCAGAACCUGGCCCAGCAAGGCCUCCCCCAGGCGCGCCACGAUCUGCCCCCAGGCCACCAGGAGGCUGCACAAGGCCUACAUAAUGUGCCAUAACAAUGCUGUCAGAACUUGAACCACCACUAUCAGACUAUUUGAAGCACCUCCACUUCAGCGUGCAGAGGAGCAGUUCCUCCCGAGUAUUAGGCCUCUUUAACCAGCAUGACUCUUAGGUUUGGAGGAAACCUGAGAUGAAGGAGAGCAGCACGAGGAGAGCUGAAUAAUACCGGUGUUUGAUAAUUGUAAUCCUUAGAUUACAAAAGAUAAAAUGAUCAACCAAGGCUGUGCAUCCUAAAAUGUGCAUAUUUACAUUUUCAAGGAGUGUUUGAUUACAUUAGAAAUGUUUGGUAAUACAAUUUUACAAAAACACCAUUCUGGUGAGCUUUCUUUACCUGCUGUUUGCUUUUCAAGAUACAGAACCUCUGACAAUGCCAUGCUUCCUUCUCUACAAGCUGAGAGGUUUCAGAUAACCUGUUGGAUAUGGGCAGUGAAGCUGUUGAGGGGAAUGAGAUGUAAAAAGUCAUUUAAAUGUACUAUCGAAAUACCCCAAAAUAUCUCUAACAAGAGAUUAGUUUACAUGUGUGUCUUGUAGGGCUGCUCAAUUAAUCGUAUUUUAAUCGCGAUUACGAUUAUGGCUUGCGACGAUUACGAAAACAAUGUAA